AAGACAGAUCUUCCUCUGCAACCUCAGACCAGAAGGACUCACAACUAAUUAGUACAGAUAUAUCAUAUUAAGGAAUUCAGAGAAAACCAUACAAGGAACAAAAUGAGACACCUCUGUGUGCCACUUUUUCUGGUGAUAAUAUCAGGAGUCCCCACACAAACAGCAGAUAAGGUCAGAGCUGUUGUAGGUUACGAAGGGGACGAUGUCAUUCUGCCAUGCAACUGUGUGAAUAGAAACUUGAAAGAAGGAUUUAAGUGGAAGACUGAAAAUCCAGAAACACUGAUUUUCAAAGUCGAACCAACUGAAGAGAUUAAUUGGGGAAACUACAAAACCAGGGUUGUGAUGUUUGUGAAUGAGAGCAGCAGUAACUGCUCUAUCCUCCUGAAGAAAAUCACAGAGGAUGACAAAAAGACCUACACAUGCAGUUUUAAGAUGAAAGAAGUGCACAAGGUUCAUGCAGUAAAUCUGAAAGUCAUGCAACGACCAGCUACAAGAUCUACAGCUACAAGAUCUACAGUUCCUGCAGCUAUCCCUACUAAAGACUCUCAAAGAGGUAUCGUCCCAAGCGAACCACCCAAGCCUCCCAGGCAGUACUUCACAAUCAUUCCAGUAGUUGCCCUUCUUCUGAUCGUGGGUUACCUCGGGAAUAUUUAUCUCAAACACAGAAGGAACUGGGGAGCUCCUGACCAAGGAGAUACACCACUUUCCUCUGAGGACAACGUCUAAUACAGCUGCAAUCUCCUCGUCUCAUUACAAACCCACUGAGAUACAGAUUUAUUCUGAUCUACCAAUAACAAGAAAACCACUAGCAGAUAAGGUUUAAUCACACUGAUAACAUGAACAUACUGCCUGGUUCUGACAGGAAGCCUUUGGUCCCCCUGUAAUCAGUUAAAUGUAAUCUUUACCUAAAACACCAGUGCAGUCAUUCUCUCUGAAGACAGCAGCAUGACUUAAAGCUUGCAGUCAUCUCCAGAUGGAUUUGCCACUCAUUCUGACCGGAUGCAUCUGCACAAAGCUAAUGAAACGUCUGCUGACGUAAUUCUCUACACACAGGAAGUAACCAGGCCUCUGCCAGCAUCACGCUGCUAAACACCUCAUUUCCCAGAGAUCUUUGCGUUGUGUUGUUUUUUUAACAUGUCGUGGAAGAUUGUUACACUUUUUUUUUAAGUUUUACAGAAUUAAACUAAGCUGAUAAAGUAAUAGACAGAUGCAAAAAAAAAAGCUAUAGUAAUGAAAAUGUACAUAAACAAGAGGAACAUAAAAUGAAUCUAUUUCCAUUUCUAUCAUAAGAAAAAUAACUGUUUCUUUUUUCUGUACAUAUGUGUGAAUAUGAAAAGGAUCUUUAUGGGCAAUGAGUGAUUAUUGGAUAAUUCAUACUUACUUCAGUCGUUAUAGGUUGAUGUAAAUAACUGUGUAGCAACCAUUAGUUGAAACUGACUUCCAAAGAAAAACAUUUUGAUAUUUAAUAAAAUAUUUUGAACAAUGGGAGCUGGACUCCAGUAAAGGUGCACUAAGAAAACAGUAGAUUAAGGUAUUUAUGUAUAUGAGCUUUAUCGGGGUCAUCCAAGGCAAACUGCUGAUUCAGAUCAUGGAGUUUUUUUUUUUUAAUGGAGGUAGUAAAAUUGUGAAUAAAAGGUCAGGGUUAGCAAAGUCUUAAAAAGGGAAAAGCCAACAAUAACUCUUCCUUCUGCUCAGGGACAAAGGAAAAAGUCCAGCUGUCACACAAUAUGGGAAAAUAAUGUUCAAAUGGGUACAUAAAGCUGAGAAAAGGUGCUAAUUAAAAUCCAGUUAGAGAAAGUCUGAUGACAUUCAGCUCUCUGUGAGCAGCUGCAACUGGUAACUAAAAAAAUGCACUGUGAGCCAUUAAAUGUGGUCAGACGAUUUUCUGUACGUUUUCUUUUUUUUUUUUUUUUUUGCCAGGAUCUAAAAGACUGAUGCAUAAAGUGUGUAUGUAAGCAUGUUUUUAAUAAAAGGUUAUUUCCUUUU